CGAGCGCCGGAAGGCGUACCCCAACAUCUCGCCAUGAUCUUCCUCCGGCUCUCGCCGCAGACUUUGGAAUCUUCUCCCCCGUACGAUCCGGGGUCUUCGGAGCUGAAAUCUUGGAUCUUCGAGGAAAACGAGGCAGCUGUGCAUCUCGGUUCCAACGGAAACAAGCCUCGCCGACACAAGCCUAUGGGGGAAUUCUGAUUACGAGUGGGCGACGACUCCGAUAUAAUCCAAGAGAAAUAUCCUCAGUGGGGAACCAGACGAACCGAGGUACCGAGGACAAAGGCGUCUAGAGGCAACUCCGCAAGUCCGUCGUCGCCAUACUGGCAUUCACUUUGCUUCGGACGGUUCGGUUCAGUCUCCGCUCAGCAGUACGCGAGGAGCGUUCGCCUGUCGUGGAUGUGGAUUAACGACGGCUCAACGUCGUUGGUUUUAUCGAACCAUUUUAUCGAGCGAAAUUGUUCUUCCAACUGACUUUGCGAAAAAAACAAUCGCCACCCAAAGACUCGUUUCUUAUCCUUUAGUUUUUUUUUUCCUCCUUCCGUUCCCUUCGUUCUGUUCAUCUCGUCCAUUCGAAUCGAUUCCUUCUCUCUCGCCUCAUACAUUCGUUGCUUCUUCUCUGAAUUCGGUUUUCCAAGUGAUAAUUGUGCGAUUUACACACACACACACACACAAGUUUGUUCGUUCGUGUUUCAUAGAGGUGAACAGUGCGAGAUUCCCGAGGAUUUUCCAAAAACGCCAUUCAAACACGAUUCGUUCACCCAAGUUCCUUGAGUUCGAGGAUGUUGUGCCAAUAACGGGACUUGGCAGCAUGAUAUGAUAAAAAUCUUUGAGCCUGAGAACCCCUAAGAUGAAACGUGUGCUCCUUGCGCUAUCCUUACUCCUGCCAUUGGCUGUGGCCCUUACCCUACAAGAAGAUGAUCUCGUAUUCGAUGAUGUCGGAGAACCCGCAGCAUCCGGAUCCGCCAUUUUUGGCGACGAGGAACAUCGAGAGCAUGACAGAAAACACGAGAGAUCGAGGGAGAGCAAAAAACAUAACGUCGAACGGCUAUGGGGGAUUCCCGACACGUCUGUCGUUGAGGGUCACGUGUUUAAGAUGAGAAUUCUUAAGCAAGCAUUCAGCGGCAGCGUCGAUCACUUCGAGGCCCGUGGCAUAAACGGGCAGGCAUUAGCCCAUUGGCUUGAAUGGGAUGAUGCUGCAUCGACGCUAGUUGGAGUCCCAUCAAAAAAAGACUCGGGACUUCAUCAUGUUACCAUUAAAGCGUAUGGUCGACAUGGAGACGUAGCAAAAGACGUGUUCACAAUAAAUGUCGUCGCCGAGAAAAAAGACGAAGUAAUGCACAAAGAUGGAAAGACCCACUGCGAUGAAUCUGAGGAUCAAACGCUUCUAACUAUUGUUGUCGAUGCGAAAUUUGAAAGCUUGGAGCCGGCUGUGAAAGUCAACGCGAUCGAAAAUUUAGCUGGAUUUUUGGGCUUACAUACGAGUGCCUUUUCGAUGCACCCUUAUGCAAGCAAAGAAACUUUGGCUCCAGACGCGUCUGUGAUCUUAUCAGGUCCUGGAAACGUUAAACAUCGCAGAGAAAAACAUUCCACGGUCAUUCAGUGGCAGGUGGGCUGCGAUGGACGUUUAUGGCAUCACCAAACUGAUCUAGUAAACCAGCUACGAGAACAAGCUAAAGACGGAACUUUGGCCGAAGUUUUGCAACUACCGGUAUUAUUGUGGCGGGUCAAAACGGAUUCCAGUUCUUUAUUGAGAAAUCGCAGGGAAGCUGGUUCUGGUGAUUAUAACAAUGAGGACGAUAAUUACGAUUACGAUGAUGCGUACGAUCAUUAUGAAGACGAAACUGGAGACGGUGAUGAUGACGAUGAAACUGUAACUGAACAACCAGUCGGUAGAACCAACGUGGUAGAAAAUAAAAUUGUGGAAGAUGGAAGGCCACACAGGCAUCAUCAUGGGGAGAAAAUUCUCGAACCAACGAUUGAAGACAUCGAAGAAGAGGAAUUGCUCACAAGUAUUAGGCGAAAAAUCGUUACACCUAUGCCUAUGGGACCUGUUAUUAUCCCUACAACAAACGCAACAACGACUACAACAUCGUCACCGACAACCCUGCCUCCCACAAUCAUCAAUGUGUCAACGACUACAACAACUCAGGCACCAACGACAGUAAUAACAACAUUAUCAAUGACCACGACUCCAAACACCAUCACAGUGGCACCGACAACUGUAGUAACAACAUUAUCAUCAAUGACCACGACUCCCAACACCAUCACAAUGGUACCAGCAACUGAAUCUUCGAAAAAUGAUGAAACAAUGGAGCCUCCAAAGGAUAAAAUUGAUAAUUCACUAGCAGUCACUCUAUCUUCGACAUCUCGAGAAACUACGAGUGCUCUACCUAAUACAUCCACUGAACAGACUAGCGCAACUAAUGUAAUGUUGACCGGCGCUCCAGCAAUAAAAUCACUACUUGAGACGACGAUCGUCGAUAAUCGAUCAACUGCUGCACCAGAGACAACUGAACAACGUGAGGUGUCUACAACAACAAUGCAACCAUCAACAACCGUGUCAACUACUACUACCACUACCACUACUACAACUACUACUACUGUACCACCUCCGAUGACGACUACCGAGCAAUUAACUACACUACCGGUAAUAACAUCACCAACGCCAGAAAUCACAGAGAAGAUCGAUUUUGAACAACGUAAUUUCCCUCCAAGAGUGGACAGGACAUUGAAGAAAUUACAAGCAACUGCUGGAAAACCUCUACAUUACACUAUCCCUAACGACACAUUCAUUGAUAUGGAGGAUGGAAAUACCAGGCAACUCAGCUUGAGCUUGAGCUGGCAACAGAACAAGAUCAAACCCAGCUACUGGCUUCAGUUGGACAAAAAGACACAAGAAGUCUAUGGACUCCCACUUGAAAAGGUUGUUUCUAAGUGGGACUAUGAUCUCGUGGCAGAAGAUAGUGAAGGAUUAAAUGCAUCCGCGCGUUUAGAUGUUUAUGUUCAACACCAUAGGCAGACUCGAGCCUUUAAUCAUGAAUUCAGCAUUUAUUUGAAAAUAAUGAAACGGAGCGAAUUCCCCACUGACGUUGACUGGGAACUUAAGGUCAUUCAAAAGCUUGCUGAACUUUAUGGGGACUCAGAUACAAAUCGGAUAACGGUACGCGACGUCGAUAUUGAUGGUGAUAGAGAUCAAGCGAUUUUCACGUGGUCUAAUGAUACUGUUCCUAGAGGUGAUGCCUGUCCGAAAGAAGACAUUGAUAAAUUAUUCCAUGUCUUAAUAGCUAAUGAACGUGGGGAUCCUAGCAUUGCCCUGCAAGAAAUACUUUCACCAGAAAUAAAAGUUAAACGAGUCCUUUAUCGAGGAAUCAAACAGUGUGAAGAAAUAAAUAUUUCUGAACCACCAAGCGUUGUGACUGAGGAACCCAAGACUAACUCCCCACCAGUCCCAAGAAACCAAGUAGACUGCAUCAACGCAACCGUUGGUCAACUGCUUGUGUAUACUGUUCCAGAGGAUGCGUUUUGGGAUAAAGAAGACGGUGCCGCUAAUAAAAUGAAAUUGUCACUAAUGACCAACGGGAGAAAACCAAUCCCACCAAGUGAGUGGCUCCAAUUCGAUAGUAAUAAUCAACAAUUCUAUGGUGUACCCGAGCAAAAGGAUAUUGGACGUAAACAGUACCAACUGAUUGUUGAAGAUAAAGCAGGUGCAAGCAUAACUGACGGCAUAAUUGUAGUGGUACAUCCUUCAAAUACAUUGCCGUCCCAGCGCAAUGUUGAAUUUUCCAUGACUCUGGAAGUACCCUAUAAAUCAUUAGCUCAUUCUGCUAGUCAGAAGCGCAAAUUUAUUGAGAAAAUAAAGGAACUAUUCAAUGACAAGAACACGAGUGCUAUUUCAUUGGAUAGCAUCACUGAAAAUACCGUUGUCACGUGGCACAAUAAUUCAUUGGUAACUUCCUAUUGUCCGCACAAAGAUAUAACACAGUUACGCGAGGUAUUUGUCAAGGAUGAGAAAAUGUUGACUGAUCGUGUUGAAGAAGUCAUGGGAUCUGAGUUCCCAGUUAAACAGAUAACUCUGACCCCAACUGGACUUUGUCUUGGCGAACUGACAAGCAUAUAUUCACCAAGUAUAGUUCCACCCUUGGAAGAUACAACAUCAGUUGGAAAAUCUCAUGAUGAUCUGAUCAUCACCUUCAUAGUUCCGGCGAUCAUAAUCGCUGCAAUGCUUAUUCUAGCUGGUAUUAUUGCCUGCAUUUUAUACAGACGGAAACGUAGUGGCAAGAUGAGCGUCAGUGAACAAGACGACGAAAGGCAAAGCUUUAGAAAUAAAGGAAUUCCGGUUAUAUUUCAAGAUGAACUGGAUGAGAAGCCAGAUCCAGGCAAUAAAUCACCAGUCAUUUUAAAAGAAGAGAAGCCACCGCUACCACCUCCAGAAUAUCAAAAGACUGAAGACGGAGCCGACGUACCUAUGCUGCAGAGCGAAAAUUCUGAAGAACCGUACCAACCGCCGCCACCUUUUGCCACAAAUCGCGACAACAAUCGUCAAAAUAGACCAAAACCAACUCCUACGUACAGAAAACCUCCACCUUAUGUACCUCCCUAACAAAACACGGUACACUCGCCAACGCGUAAGUAUAUGCUAGCAAUGCUCGGAGACUCCCCAACGCAUGUUCAAAAUGAAACACAAAAUUACAAUCAGAAUAAUUUUGAAAAACAACCAGACAACCACGAAGCCCAUAACAUUUACGGCAAUCGAUAAAAUAAAUUCAAAGCUUUGGUUUCACGCGCUAUUAUAUGCGAAUUCUUGAACUACAGUUAUGUUCGUUAUUAGAUAUUAUAAAUUUUUGAUUAAUUAUUAAAUUUCUGUAGUGGAUAUUCAACACAAUUCACGCGUUGCCUUUUGUAACGAACUCUUCUAGAAUAAAUCUUGUGUGAGUUAUUCAGUUCGAAUUACAGCGAUUUUUAAUAAAACCAGAAACAGGUAAAUCUUUUCGUAACGUAUGAUUAUGCCAUUGAAGAUUUAUGCGAUCAAUACUCAAAUACCAAGUCACAUUCAAUAUUCAGUGCCAUUUUUAGAAGCAAUAUUAUGUAAUCCCGAUAUAAGACACGACAUAACUGCAUAUCUGAACCUGAAACAAAAUAUUUGCUAUGCGAUAGGCAGUCUCUAAGUAACAUAAGAUUUAAAAAUCUCUAAUACUAGGUCAAACACUGCCAGAAGGAAAUUGUGAAAUUUCAUUGACUUAUUGUUCUUAUUUGAAGACAAAAAAAUCUGAUCUUUUUAUCAGAAAGCAGGGAGUUUCUCAAAUGUGACUCAAAGUGUUGUUUACUCAAUGCCGCUUCAGAGUGACAGAAAAUGCUUCCAUCGGCACAACUGGCCAUAAAAAAAAAACAACAAUGAUAAUGUAUAAAGGUAUUUUCAGAUAAUCAAGAAUAAUUUAAUAAACCAUUCAACAUUCAAAUGUUGAACGGUACAAUUAAACAUGACGAUUGUUCCACAUGAAUUUUCCUAAUUUGAACGACGUCAAUAGAAUGAAGCAAAAAUUUUGUAAGGGCAGCGACUUAUUUACAAUUGCAGUUAUCUCAAGAUCUUUUGUACAUUUGACUUUUAACGUUCGAUAAUAUUCUUUUAUUUUCGUCUGAAGUACUCGAAGCGAUUAAAUUCAAAUACAGUAGACCGAUGUUAACAAAUUUUCUUGCUAAAGAAUUAUUGAGCGAUUUCUUGAUACAUAUGUUGUUUGCUAUUGUUUGUUUCUACUUAGCGCACAUUUUUUGUCAGGGGUGUUCGUAAUACAUAUGCACCUAUACUACGUCUUCGUUUUUACCAACACUCAUUUUUGUAUCAUUUUUAUAUCGCUAUAAAAAAUAUUGAUAGUAAGAUUAGUGACAUUGCCGAGUUUAAAUCAGAGUUGAAUCACUGGACCCUGAUGUAAACACAACAUCUUUAUUAAGAUAGAAGAAUAAAAAGCAACAAAAAAAAAAUAAUAAAAAUAAAUAAAUAAAACCAACUAUUUAAUUUAGAUUUUAUAUAGUAACCAAGCCAAAAAAUAUCUAAUAUAAAAAGGUUAAUAAAAUAAUAAAACAAUAACCGUACAUAAAGUGUGGUACUGUACUUAUUGAAUAAAUUUUUUAAUCUUGUAACAAUUUUUUAACUUUUUACUACUGUGUUAUUAAACAAUAAUAAAAGUGAUUUAAUCAACAAGUACAGGCUGUGCUGUGAAUAUGGACAUGCAACUGCAGUUUUUGAAAGCAAUAUUUUUGAAAAGAAACAUGAAAGGAAACACUACUUGACCGUGUCUCAAAGUUCAAGGAUUUGCUUCGUGAAUAUUGGGGUGACAAAUUUUUGUGAAUUUGGUAUCACUUGUAAAACAUGCGCGAAUGCCGGUGGAACGUAUGUAGACCGAUGAAUGAAUGUUUGAUAUGUAAGAAUGGAGGAUAUGAUUAUUAAAAAACAAUAAUGUAUUAAUUCAUUUAUUCAUAACUUAGAACUUAAGGAAAUCUGUAUGUAUACUAACUCAGCACUGUUCAUCACGCCUUGUUUAUCGCCGUCAAUUUGAAAAAAAUACUUCCUUGGAAAUCGUACAUCGAACAAUUCUCUAAUAAUGAUUUUAAAUGUUAUUCCUAUAAGUUCCUUGCAUGAAUCGUGGAGUUUACGUAUCAGAAAUGGCGAUUCUGAGGUACUUAGUAAGUGUAAUUGCUUUGUGGAAAAAUAUAAUUAUCGAUUCUAUUAAAUUUGAUACUUCUCUCCAGGUUUUGUAUGUGGAAUAUUGACAUUAAGUUUUAGCAGCCGAAUUUAGUUUCACUUCUACAUUUAGUAAGCUAAAUUUAUGCCUUUGUCGAUAUUUCAAGUUGAAAAAUUUCGUUUGAUGUAACUAGGAUUCGGCGAUAAACAAGUGUUACUCAUAUCAUGCUUCUUUCAUAUCAUCUUUUUAUGCAUAUCUGUCAAACGCUACAUCAUAAUUACAUUGUAACAAAAAUUAUGUAUCAUAGACGUGUAUGAUAUAUACAAAACUUUCAAAAAGUCCAAAAAUAUUUAGAGGUCAAGUGUUUCUAUCGCCGUCAUUAAAUCAUGGAAGAAGAUAAUUUGUAUUUGUAAAAAAUUAACAAAAGUAAAGAGAAAAAAAAAAAAUAAAUAAUAAUUGUGAUUGUGGUAUUUCUAUACUUGAUCUGGGGAUCAUCAGAUCUAAAGAUAUUUGGUCUAAUGAACAAAAAUAUCAUUUAAUCCUAAACCCAUAUCUUGUAACGGGACAAAAGGUUCACAAGAUGGUAACAAUAAAUAAGAGUAAAGUCUAUCGACAUUUUACUUUAUCAUUAUGAAGUGACUUAACACUCUUGUGAAUGACUUUCUUCUAUGGAUAGUAGCCUAAUUUUAUACAAUAUAAACCUACUAAUGAAACUGAUUGUCUCGACAGGAUAAAUGACAAUAGUAGAUUUUGGCCAAUAGAACAAAUGUCUCGGUAUUAAUUAUUGUAAUUUGUAUGAGAAAUAAUUUGUGUCAUAUCAAAGCUACGCGAAUGAUUCUCAUUAAAAAAUGUAUUUCAAUUCGCAUGUUAAAUGUGCGGAGACAAAAAAAUAUAUAUUAUAAAUAAAAGAUAGCGUAUAUACAUACCUAUAUUAGAUAAUAUCAUUGCCUGGAAUUAUUAAUAUCAUAAAAAAUAAUCAAUUCAAAUUCUCGUAAACGCUUUUAUGACACGUCUCAAGCAUACUAUACACACCUAUAUUAAAAUCUGUAUACUUGAACAAGUAUAUAAGACGUACCUAUUUUCUGUUUCUUCUAUCAAUUAUAGGGUGUCUAAUUAAAAUUUUUUAUUUUCACCUAUUGAUACUAAACGAAUUAUAUUGCUGAAAUUUUAAGUAGACAAUCUAUAAGUUAAUUCGUGGCCAUAUCAUAUGUUGUCAGUAAUGUAUGAUGAAAUAUCGAAAUAAUAUACAUAUAUACAGAUAGAUCUGAAAAGUAUAUAUUCAACACGUGUAAAGUUAAGAGUUAAUAAAGUCAUUUUAGGGUAAA